CGCGCGCCCCUAGGACCAUGCGCCCCACGAUGCCCUGCUGCUUCCUCCUGCUGCUGGCCUCCCACUGCGCUCUCCUGAGCACGGCCCCCGUGGCGGCCUGCCCCGCCCGCUGCGAGUGCGUCCCUCAGAUCCGCUCGGUCUCCUGCCACCGCAAGCGCCUGGCCGCCAUCCCCGAGGGCAUCCCGACGGAGACCCGGAUCCUGGAGCUCAACCGGAACCGCCUGCGCUGCCUCAACGCCGGCGACCUCGCCCCGUUCCCGCUGCUGGAGGAGCUGGACAUCAGCGAGAACCUGCUGGCCCACGUGGAGCCGGGGGCCUUCGGCAGCCUCCCGCACCUGCGCAGCCUGCGGCUGCGUGGCAACCAGCUCCGGCUGCUCCCGCCCGGCGCCUUCAGCCGGCUCUCCAACCUCACCCUGCUGGACCUCAGCGAGAACAAGAUCGUGGUGCUGCUGGACUACACCUUCCAAGACCUGCGGAGCCUGACGUGCCUGGAGCUGGGGGACAACGACCUGGUCUACGUCUCCCGGAAGGCCUUCUCCGGCCUGGUCGGCCUCCGGCAGCUGACCCUCGAGCGGUGCAACCUGACCGGCCUCUCCGCCGAGUCCCUCUCCCGCCUCCCGAGCCUGGAGGCCCUCCGCCUGCGGCAGCUGGGCAUCGCCGCCGUAGAGGAGCAGAACUUCAGGCGGCUGCUUGGCCUGCGUGUGCUGGAGAUCGAUAACUGGCCGCUCUUGGAGGAGAUCCCGCCCGGCGGCUUCCACGGCCUCAACCUCACCUCCCUCUCCGUCACGUACACCAACAUCACGGCGGUGCCCACGGCCGCCCUGCGAGCCCUGGCCCACCUCCUGUACCUGAACCUCUCCUACAACCCCAUCAGCGCAGUGCCCAGGGGCGCCUUCAGGGACCUGAUCCGGCUGCGGGAGCUCCACCUGGUGGGGGCCCUGCUGGCCACGGUGGAGGCCCAGGGGCUGUAUGGCCUGCGGCAGCUCCGGCUGCUCAACCUCUCCAACAACUUCUUGUCCACGCUGGAGGAAGGCUCCUUCCAUUCCGUCAACACCCUGGAGACGCUGCGGCUCGACGGGAACCCGCUGGUCUGCGAUUGCCGCCUGCUGUGGAUCCUGCAGCGCCGGAAGACCCUCAACUUCGACGAGCGGCUGCCUGUGUGCUCCUCGCCGCCGGAGAUCCAGGGCGACGCCCUGCGGGACUCCCCGGACUCCGUCCUCUUUGAGUUCUUCACCUGCCAAAAGCCCAAAAUCCGGGACCGGAAGCUGCAGCACGUGGCGGCGUUCGAAGGGCAGGCGGUGGCCUUCGCCUGCCGGGCGGACGGGGAGCCCGCCCCCUCCAUCAGCUGGGUCUCCCCGCAGCACCGGAUGAUCCCCGCCAAGAGCACCGGGCGGGUCGCGGUCUUGCCCAGCGGGACCCUGGAGAUCCGCUACGCCCAGGCCCAGGACAGCGGGACGUACAUCUGCAUCGCCAGCAACGCCGGCGGCAACGACACCUACUUCGCCACGCUGGCGGUCCGGGGCCCCGCGGCGGAUGGCGCCCUGUACGCCAACCGGUCCUUGUACCUGAGCGAGCUCAACGACACGGCCCACAACGAGACGCAGGUCUUGCUGAAGUUCACGCUGGACCUCAAAACCAUCCUGGUCUCCACCGCCAUGGGCUGCAUCACCUUCCUGGGCGUGGUGCUUUUCUGCUUCCUCCUGCUCUUUGUCUGGAGCCGGGGCCGCGGGCAGCACAAGAACAACUUCACCGUGGAGUACUCCUUCCGCAAGGUGGACGGCCCGGCCACCGCCUCGGGGCAGGGGGGCGCCAGGAAGUUCAACAUGAAGAUGAUUUGAACCCCGGGCAGGCUGGGAGG